GUGGGGGGAAUUUUCAGAUCCCAAAUUUUCUUUUUGUUUAAGUUUUACGUUUGAGCGAUUGCAUUGCAUCGCAUUGCGAUAAAUACUGCGACGUGUGCGCUGUGUCACGCAUUCGCCGCGUCUGACCGGGAAAGCGGUGCCAAUGCGAUUCGACUCCGGGAGAUAAGAGCGGCUCCAAUCACGAGCUCAGCUCAGCUCAGGGGGGACUCGGUGCGCCGGAGCCACACAGUUGGGUUCAGGUGUUUCACUGCCGAUCUGUGUCACUGCUCUUCCAACGACUGCGAAACUCGGGCGGUUGCUGCUGUUGUAUAAAAAGUUCCUGCGGGGUGUUGCUGUCACCGCAAUUAAACCAUGGGUUCACUUGAUGAAUCAGAGAAUGAGAUCAUGUUGGAUUCCAGUCCAACAGACAUGGACAGCGUUGAGUUCAAAAUAUUGAUGGCCUAUGCAAAACGGACUUUGCCGUUAGAUAAAGUCUCGCAGUUAAACGCUGCGGACAAAGAGAUCGUUCUGAAUGGAGCAUUUGGUGAAACUGAAGAAAUGGUCAAUGAUUCGGGGAAGAGAGAGAAAAACGGAAAAGACAAAACCCGCUCAGAAAACCAUGCUCGUAAAUCCAAACGCAAGAAGAAAUCUGGAUGGAGACGGUGUAUCCCGCAGUGUUUACGAGCAGAGGCAAAUGAAUAUGCCUCCCCUGUUGCACAGGUGCAGGAGGAGAGUGGAGGGGAUGCUAUGCCAUUAUCGUCUUAUCCAGACAUCAUUUACGAGCGACCACAAGAACAUGAAGUUGAACCUCAGUUUAAUGAAAUUGCAGAAGUGUUGCAAGAGAUCAUUGAUUCUAAGUUGACAGGGUUUAAAUUCAGACUGCUUCGUUCUACUAGUUUAGAAGUGGAUUCAGAAGAUGAAGAACAGAGAGCUGUUGAUCAGAUUGUGAAGAUCUUAACCACCUCGGGAGAUAAUUUAAAUGAAGAAAUGAAAAAUGACCCCCAGUUUUCCAAAAUCUUUGGUAAAAUUCCAUCUAUUUCACUUUUCAAAAAAGUCAUGGAUUGUGUAAUCCAAGUUGCUUUGCCUGAAGAAACAAGCUCUGAGGCAGCGAGCAAAGAGAAUGGAAAGCUGAAUCAGAUUGCUUUUGUGAUGCAUGCGACAACUAAGUUUGCGGCUCUUGGGAACCAUCCCAUGGCUCGUGUUAUGGGUUUUGGAGCCAAGUAUUUACAGGAAAACUACUGCACCUGGAUCACGGAGCAGGGAGGAUGGCAAAAGAUAAUGGAAGAGGAGCUUACAGACUGAGAGGCUGGGUGAUGUGCAGUCGUAACAUCAAGCCAGGACCUUGACUCGCACUUUGAAAGACUUUCCUUUUGAGCCAACCAGCACUGUCACAGAUUUAAACCCUUGGGCUUCCUCAUUGACAAGUUCACCUGCAGAGCCUGGAAUUUCAACUGGAAUGGGAAAUCCACAGAAACUGAGAUUUUUCAGGAGUGUUUAAACUCUAACUCUUAAUCAGCUUGAUUUCAGUUGUUUCUGAUCCAGGAAAAGCAGACACAGAAGUUUCAAUCGACACACCCUUCUUGAAUCUAAUAAAGUCUUCAGGAUAA